UCGAAGCCUACGGCAGUUUCGUUUCCGCGCACACUCCGCCUCUUGUGACUGAACUCUACCAGGAAACACUCGGCUCAGAUGUGCAGAAACAGCCCGUCACACAUUUGCUGGACUUAAUCUUAACCUCAGAGGAGCCUCAAAGAAAGAUGUCAGCCAUCAUCACUGCCUUCCUCCUGACUUUUUCUACACUUUGCAAGCCCACAGUGGUAUUGGGAAUCCUCAGCCGACCCACAAAUGUCAACUUGACCUCCUACAACAUGAACCUGGUGCUAAGGUGGAAUCCAUCUAAAGGGGCAGCCAACAACCUGGUCUACAGAACGGAGUACAAUACAAUAUUUGUUCACAGAACUUCAGUCACACCUUACACAACAGGGUGUGUGAACAUUUCCACCCUUGAAUGUGACUUCACUCGACUCAUCCAUCCAUCCAUCACUGAGAAUGGAAAGUAUACUGGCAGAGUGCGGGCGCAAUUGGGGUCAGAGAGUUCUGCCUGGAUGGAAAGUAACCACAUUACCUUGGACAAAGACACCAUCAUUGGUUCCCCCAAUGUCUCUCUUUUGUCUAAUGGGGCCGCUAUUGAAGUCAGCAUUAUAGACCCAGUGAUGGUGAUCUCAACCCUCAGGAAUGUCUACAUUUUUGCCACUUACGAAAUCACCUACUGGAAGGACAGCCAGAAACACAAGGCCAAACACAUUAGCAAUAUACAACAAAACCGAGUGGUUCUGAAUGACCUGGACCCAUGGACCAAGUACUGUGUUAAAGUCCAAAUCAAAACAGAAAGGAACCCCAGCCCCAGUAAGCCCAGCAGAAUUUUCUGUGAAAGUACCACCAAUGAACAAGAACCUCCUUGGGUGGCAGCAAUGCUGACAUUUGUCUUUAUGGCAAUGGCAGCGGCUCUGGUUGUGAUUGUGGUGGUGUAUCGGAAAAGUAUAUCCCGCUUUCUUUGUCCUACAGAUUCACUGCCGCAGCACUUCAAAGAGUAUCUGCUGGCACCCCCCAACUCCAACAUCUACUUGGUCAUGCAGAAUUCCCACCCACCUGAGGAGAUCUAUCACAAAGUCCGAAUCAUCGAAGAUGACAGGACUGUGGAGGAAAGAGGCCCUCUGGUGGUAGAAAUGACCGCCAGCAACAAAGAGUCUGAUGUCCCAAAGUGUGGGAGACACAAGGGAGAAAUUAUCAGCAGGGGUGACAUUAAAGCCACUGAGACACAGUGAAAUAUCCUGCCCUUGCUUCAAGUAACAGUUAUAAUGCAACAAACACUGCUACAACGUCAUAUUAUUCCUCAACCCAGUUCUUACUGUGAAUGAUGUAUAAGAGUCAAAGAGACAUACAGGAGUGAUAGGUCAUGCAGUUGAUGUUGUUUUUGCACUAAUAUUGCUCACAGAUCAGAGGUGUUGUCGUAUGCCCCAUUUCAGCUUCCCACACUUAAGUAUUUAUUCAUUAUUUAGUGGUGUUACAUAAUGCCCAACCGCCAUUCUCUGUGUUUUGUAUUUUCAAUAUAUGGACCUAAAAGUGUUACUUUCUCGAAUUUCUAGUGUUGGAUGUCUCUCUUGGGUCGUAAUAAUGUUGUGUUGAUUGGGGCCUAUCGUCCCCGUCUACUAACUUGAAUGCAUUGGAAAAAUUGGUUAAUCCUUUAUCUGGCUACGAGACCUUUAUUGGGUGAUCUUUACCUCGACUGGAUGAAUUUAAUUCAACUCAUCUCUUCACCCACUAGGCCAGACACCACAAAUCUGGAAAAGGGGGAUCUCAUUGAUAUAAUCCUAACAAACAAACCCCACACAUAUAUACUUAGUGGUGUUUUUGCCUUAGACCUGAGUGACCAUUUUCUAAUAUUUUGUAUUAGAGUAUCCAGACAAAAAAAGACUCCACCACGUGUUAUUGUAAAGAGGGAUUUCAAACACUUUGUUGAGCAGGCUUUCCUACAUGACUUGUUUAUUUGUGACAUCAACAGGUUUUACUAAAGUUUUUAAUUCCUCAGCAAAUAAGCGUGCUCCCUUUAAAAAAUAUCAUGUAAAAAGCAGAUUUUACCCCUGGUUUUCACCAGAAAUCUCUGAGUUGUUGAAGUUAUGGGAUUUGGGUAAAAGCACAGAGCUCAAAGACUCCAACGGAUUGGCAAAAUUUCCAACAGUUGAGAAAUAAAUGUGUCAGGGCAACAAGAAAUACCUGUACCCUUUAGUUUAAAGUUUAUAAUCUAAUAUUUGGAACACACAGAAGAUCUCUGCCCGAGGAUUCUCAAUGUGCAGUAUAUGACGGCUCAUAAAAUACUGAAAGAUCUGAUAUGUAGCUGGGAGAAAGGCCAUGGAGAGAGAAAAAAAUCUAACAUAAAGACCGUAGAACAGGAGUAAUAUGUCAUGUUUUUUGGUUCUGGUAAGAAGAAAAUAAGCGAGAAAUGUCAAAAAAAAGUUGUUUGAAAAAGGUUUUUUAUUAUCACAUCAGAAAUUCCUGAAAGUAAUGUGGAUUUAAUGUUCAUGUGUAUUUUGUCAUCAUUUUGUUGGGGCAGGGGAGCGGUCGAGGCAUGAAAAAUAUUCUAGCUCCAAAGUGGGGCAUGACAAAGUUUGAGAACCACUGGGUCUGUUGGUUUAACACGGUACUCUACAUAAAAAUGAAAUGAAGCACCUUGCUUGUUUAUGAUGAGACCCAAGGGGAGCAUGCAUGAGGAAUAUAUAAUUGGACCCCAAAACUGACCCCUGGGGAACACCAUACUUCACCUCUGAAAAAUAUAUUAUUUAAAGAAACACAGAACCUUAUGUUUGUGAGGUAAAAUUUAUACCAAUCUAAAACCAUAACAGAAACCCCUACCUAGUGCCUCUGGCUGUCCAAUAAGAGGUAGUGGUCUAUGGUGUCAAAGGUUGCACUCAGGUCCAGCAGUAGAAGGACUGAGCACAUGUUGGUAACUUUGAAAUUGGCCACUAAUUCUGAAGGAGGGAGGGAUCUAGUCCAGUUUUUUUUAACCGCAGAUGAGCACACGCAGUCAGGGACAGAAAAAUUGGACAGAGAACAUCUCACAGUCUGCAUCAUUAUUAACUGGGGCACAAGGAGGAGGUAAAUUAACCAACUGAUUGACCUAUAUUCAAAUAAACAUCUAGGGUUGCGUUGGUGGUUAGAUAUCAAUUCAGAGAAAUAAUAUGUUCCUUAGCCAUAUUGUUGUAAUAAAAAAUUUUUUUUUUGAUAUUGUAA